AUGGGUUCAAUCGGCACUGGUUACGAUUUAUCUGCAUCAACCUACUCUCCAGAUGGUCGGAUCUUCCAGGUUGAGUAUGCUGUCAAGGCCGUCGAAAACAGCGGAACUUGCAUUGGCAUUCGUGCAAAAGACGGAGUCGUUCUUGCUCAUGAAAAGCUAGUUCAGUCUAAAUUGCUGGUUCCUGGCUCCAAUCGACGCAUUCAGACUGUUGACCAGCACAUUGGUAUGGUUGGGGCUGGGCUUUUGGCCGACUCUCGCCAUUUAGUUACUCGUGCUCGUCAGGAGGCUGCCAACUAUAAAGACAACUACAAGUCGCCUAUUCCCUCAAAGAUGAUUGCAGAUCGUGUUGCGCAGUACGUUUCUGCAUUUACUCUAUACUCGUCGGUUCGUCCGUUUGGUAUUGCAACAAUCAUUGCAUCAAUGGAUACUCAUGGUCCAGCAUUGUACAUGAUUGAGCCGUCUGGUGUUUUCUAUGGCUACAAUGGAUGUGCUGUUGGAAAGGGAAAACAAGUUGCAAAGACGGAAAUUGAAAAACUUAAAUUUACCGAACUCACUGCUAGAGAAGCCGUCAAAGAAGCUGCAAGAAUUAUCCAUUUUGUACAUGACGAGGCCAAAGACAAAAGCUUUGAGCUUGAACUAACAUGGAUAUGUGAUGAAUCCAAAGGAAUGCAUCAAGUGGUUCCGGCAGAGCUUGCUGCUGAAGCCGUUCGUCUGGCAAAGGCAGCUCUUGCUGAUGAAAUGGAUGAAGACUAA